AUGCAAGACUCAAUUGGGAUACCCUCUUGCUUUUCUUCUGCAGAGAAGCUAACUGAUGAUCAUGGAGCUGUGAUCCGUUCAGGUCAUAGCGUUUACAUGUCUGUAUACAGAACAAAGAUUGCGGAUCAGUGCCGCUUGAUCACCAUCACAUGGUGCAAAAACUUGUUGCUUCAUGUUCUAUCAGUGUCAGUUGAAGGCCCACAAGGAGAAACACAAUAUAGCUGCAAGGUUGUUGAGCUAAAGCCAUGGUACUUUUCGAGGAAACAAGGUUCCAAGCGCUUCAUUGUAGAUGGUAAGGAAGUUGAUGUUUUCUGGGACUUUAAAGCUGCGAAAUUUAAUGGUGAAAAAACAGAACCAACCUCGGAAUACUAUGUGGCUGUGGUUUGUGAUGAAGAGGUUGUGUUGCUUCUUGGAGAUCUAAAGAAAGAUGCAUACAGAAGAACCGGGUGCAGGCCAUCUCUUAUUGAUCCUAUUUUGGUUUCAAAAAAAGAACAUAUAUUUGGGAAGAAGAAAUUCUCCACUAGAGCUAAAUUCCACGAGAAAGGUAGGUGCCAUGAGAUAUCAAUUGAGUGCAAGAAAAGGGGCAAUGGAUCAGACUCUGUAAGUGGGGUUCAGCCAGAGAUGGAGAUAAGAUUUGAUGGGCACUUGGUCAUCCAUGUCAACAAUUUGCAAUGGAAAUUUAGAGGCAAUGAGUCAAUUCAUCUCAACAAAAUGAGAGUUGAGGUAUAUUGGGAUGUUCAUGAUUGGCUCUUUAGUCCUGGUUUAAAGCAUGCUUUAUUCAUUUUUAAGCCUGUUUUUUCAUCUACAUCUUUUUCAUCAUCACCAUUAUCAUUAUCAUCCUCAUCCACUCCUUUAUCAACUCAGACUGGGAGUUCUGGGUCAGUGGAGGGCUUUAGUGUCAGUGGUUCAUCAGAGUUUUGCUUGUUUCUAUAUGCUUGGAAAGUUGAAUGA